AUGAAACCCGAACGAUUACAGUUCAUCAAAACACACGGAUACCUUUCCCAUACUAGAUCCGGAACUCAACCAGCAAUAACCAGCGAUAAUGAUUAUACAAAAUCACCAUAUUACGUUGAAAUAGCAAUGUAUUUAUACCUGGUAUUACCACAUGAAUAUUCCCAAAUAAUUCAUAAUGAACCCAAUAAUAUGUAUCCACCCCAAUGGAUGACAAAGAAACAAAUGGACCAUCAGGUAUGGACUCCAUCAAUCCAGUACUUUAAAGAAGAAAUAUUCGAAAAAUAUAUACCAAGUUACUUAGAAGAAUGGACCAUAAAAGGAAAGAUUACCAAUAAUCGUAUCCAGGAACAAUUUCCUAAUCAGGAAAUUUUUGAAGAAUACAAAACGCCAUAUGUUGGUGAUGAACAAAAUAAUUCGGCUGAAAAACCGAAUUACCUGUGA